UUCAUAACCGACUCUCAGGCCACGAAGAAGAAGAAAAAGAAAACACAGGAAGUCGUGUCACUGUUGUCUUUCAGGUGUUUCGUGGUUUAUAAUAUUAAUCACCUGUUUUACAGCGAGUCGAAAUUAAUGGAUAAUUCCAGCUAAAUCCUACACUAUGGCGGUGUUUCAGAGAUUUCAGCGGCUGCAGUUUGUCUCCAGAUGCCUAAAACCACAAACCUGUAAUGUGACUGCACACAAAACUGUCACAGAACGGAUCCAGCAGCGACGUGCACACGAUGCCGCCCCGACCCGGCGACCUUUCUCCCGAGUCUCACCCGAUGACCUCGGCUUCUUCAGCGAUCUUCUCCCAGGAAGAACCAUCACAGACCCGGACGUGUUGGAGUCCUGUAAUGUCGACUGGCUCAGGACAGUGAAAGGUAGCAGUGAGGUUCUGUUACGGCCCAAGACAACAGAGGAGGUCUCUCAGAUCCUCAGGUACUGCAACGAGAGGAACCUGGCUGUGAGUCCUCAGGGCGGAAACACGGGGCUGGUGGGAGGCAGCGUUCCCGUGUUCGACGAGAUCAUCCUCUCCACUGCGCUUAUGAACCGAGUCGUCACCUUCGACAGCAUCUCGGGGAUUUUGACGUGUCAGGCGGGCUGCGUGUUGGAGAGCCUGUCUCAGUACGUGGAAGAGCGCGACUUCAUUAUGCCUCUGGAUUUGGGGGCAAAGGGCAGCUGCCACAUCGGGGGCAACGUGUCCACCAAUGCGGGAGGGCUUCGCUUACUGCGCUACGGCUCCCUCAGAGGGACAGUUCUGGGCCUGGAAGUGGUGCUGGCUGACGGCAGGGUUUUGGACUGUCUGGCGAAACUGCGUAAGGACAACACGGGCUACGAUAUGAAGCAGCUCUUCAUCGGUUCUGAGGGAACGCUUGGGGUGAUCACUGGCGUGUCCAUCCUCUGCCCUCGGAAACCCAAAUCUGUGAACGUGGCCUUCUUAGGCUGCUCAAGCUUCCAGAACCUCCUGGAGACGUUUCAGAUUUGCCGUGGGAUGCUGGGAGAAAUCCUCUCGGCUUUCGAGUUCCUAGACGCCUCCUGCAUGAGCCUCGUGGAGAAACAUCUCAAGCUCGCCAACCCCAUCGCCGAGAGCCCUUUUUACAUCGUCAUCGAGACGGCUGGAUCCAGCGCAGCACACGAUGAGGAGAAACUGCACAACUUCCUAGAGAAGGUCAUGGCGUCUGCGCUGGUUGUGGACGGUACCGUUGCAACAGAGGAGGCUAAAAUAAAGGCGCUUUGGUCUAUAAGAGAGAGGAUCACCGAGGCUCUAAGACACGAUGGAUACACGUACAAAUACGACAUCUCACUUCCCCUGGAGAAAAUCUACGAUCUGGUCACUGACAUGAGAGAGCAUCUGGGAAACCAAGCGAAGAACGUAGUGGGCUACGGACAUGUCGGUGACGGCAACCUUCAUUUGAACAUCACGUCUCCCCGUAAAGACGCAGCGCUUCUGGCAGCCAUCGAGCCGUACGUGUACGAGUGGACGUGGAAGUGGCAGGGAAGCAUCAGCGCCGAACACGGCCUCGGGCUCAAGAAGAGAAACUACAUCUACUACAGUAAAUCCCAGGAAGCUGUACGCCUCAUGAGGGACUUUAAGAUCAUGCUGGACCCCAAAGGGAUUCUCAACCCGUAUAAGACACUUCCUGAUAACGUUCGCUGACUCCAGCGUUCACGGAAACAUCUUCACGUUUUUAAUCUGUAAAGUAGCACUGAGGCGGUAGGGAAAAAUUCAUAGGGUUUAAACAUUUCUGUUUAUGCACCAGAGUCCAAUUUCAACACGAUUUCAGACACAAAUACUUUAUAAAUCUAUUAACAAGCCCUGGGAAUUUAAUGAUUUGCUGUGAAAAUGAAUAUAAUACACAUCUGUGUUAUUUAUCAACAAAUGUGAUCAAGGUGUCGAGACUAAAGCUGUUUGACCCCAGGGGUGUAACGGGAGGAAAAGCCGCCGCUGCUGCAGUUGCUUUUUUUUUACGAGGAUCACCUUUAACCUUCGUUGGUAGAAACAUCAUUUGCUCCGUUUUUCACCAGGUAUGUCUGCACUACAGUUUUAAAAAUCUUUAAUACUUUAAAAAAAAAUUUUAACUUCUAUUUGAACAUGGGCAUUUGCUGAUUAAGAAAAUAAAUUAAAGGUGCAAUAGUCAUUUUUUUUCUUAUUAAUAAUACAAAUAAGAUGGAAAAAUAUGAUUGGUUUAAGUAAGUAUUACAUGGCUGAGAAAACGUGUUGGGAAAUCCACGCAGUUUAUAAUAAAAGCUCAUAAAAGCUUAUUACAAAGAUAAACGGACAGCGAAUCGACUCGAGACUAUUCUCUUAAAUCAUUAUAAUCUGUGAUUAUAGCGUUAUAUAGUGAGCUUGAACGUAUUCUCAUGACAGUUCUUGAUAAUGCUAACUCUAGCUGAACCGCCGUCGGAUCUGGGGGCGGAGUUUGUGUACAUGGAUGGAGAAACGGAAGCGAGCUAAUUAAGAUUAAAAUUUUUUUUUAACUUCAUCAGCUCCGCUUCGAGAAAUCUUACUGAGUGCACCUUUGACACGUCACACUAGCAAGUGUUGUUUUUUUUUUUUUUUUUUUUGGCUAAAGCGCACAGGAGAUCUCGCAUAUUGUAGCUUGAUGAUGUCAGUCAAAUAUAAUUAAAAAAAAAAAUUACCGCAAUCAGUUAUUUUUUUAACUGUGAAUAACACUUUGUGAUACUGAGUCAGGUGACGUUUUCGCAGUUUGCACGUUGCUAAACCGGUAGCUAUAUAGCUAUUCCUGCUAGCUACAUUUGCAUUGCAGCUCUAGUGCAAAAUGAAAUAAGCAGUUUUUUUUUUUUUUUUGUAAGAUUGAUUUUACCUUAUUGUGAUAAAGGGAAGAUUAUUUUGUAAAACAAACAACAACAACAAAAAAACACUUUAUCUCAGUUUUUAUCCCAGCAUGAGAUUUUAUUGUAACUCGUGUAAAUACACUGGAUUGUGUCUGUUUCUUACCAAUGAACGUAUUUCAAUCCAUUUAGGCAAUAAAGAGAAUUAUUUUGGUUA